AUGGCGACUGCAAAAUCAACAAUAGAGCCCUGCUCAAGUAGCGACACGUGUAACUCAUUCCUCGGCUACACGCUCUACACCGAUCUCAAAGUCACAGAAGUCGCUUCCCUCUUCCAAGUCGACCCAAUCUCCGUCCUCCUCUCCAACUCCAUCGACAUCUCUUACCCAGACGUCGAGAACCACGUCCUUCCCUCAAACCUCUUCCUCAAAAUCCCAAUCACCUGCUCCUGCGUCGACGGAAUCAGGAAAUCCCUCUCGACCCGUUACAAAACCCGGACCUCCGACACCUUGGGAUCCAUCUCCGACUCUGUUUACGGCGGUCUCGUCUCGCCGGAGCAGAUUCAGGUCGCGAAUCCGGCGAUUGAGUCUUCUACUCCCGACGUAGGUACAAACCUUGUGAUCCCUCUUCCUUGCGCUUGCUUCAAUGGCACCGACGAGUCUCUCCCGGCGCUUUAUCUAUCUUACGUUGUGAGAGGAAUCGACACAAUGGCCGGAAUUGCAAAGAGAUUCUCCACCACUGUUACUGAUUUAACGAACGUGAACGCCAUGGGAGCUCCUGAUAUCAAUCCUGGAGAUAUCCUCGCUGUCCCAUUGCUAGCUUGUGGUUCGAAUUUCCCCAAAUACGCAACGGACUAUGGAUUGAUCAUUCCAAAUGGAAGCUAUGCGCUCACAGCAGGACACUGUGUACAAUGCAGCUGUUCACUAGGAAGCCGGAGUAUGUAUUGCGAGCCAGCUUCUAUAGCAGUCUCUUGCUCAAGUAUGCAGUGUAGAUACAGCAAGUACAUGCUUGGGAACAUCACUUCUCAGCAGAGUAGUGCUGGUUGUAAACUUACCACUUGUAAUUACAAUGGUUUCGCUAAUGGCACUAUCUUGACCACGUUAUCAAGGUCUCUCCAGCCUCGUUGUCCUGGACCUCCACAAUUAGCACCGCUUUUAGCUCCACCUGAUACUGUUCCAAAGGAAGUGAUGUAUGCACCUUCACCAUCACCUUUAUCUUCUUCACCUUCACCUUCACCUUCACCGGAGUCUGAUGGUGAUAUUCAUGGUGGAGGAUCCAUAGCCGCGGCUGCACCAAGAGGAUCAACGGUUGCUUCAAGCAGUUCGAUUCCGGGCGAUCCAGUUAAUGGUCCAGCCGGUAGUAUCUCUACCGCUUCUUGCCCGUCGAGCUAUUACUCACUCGUUGCUUCGUUUUUCAUCUCCAUUGCUUCCUACUCUCUAUUGUUUUCUCAGUUUGACCAUGCAAGACAUUGA